AUGUCGCACCAAGGCUCUCCUUCACCAGUUUCAGACCUCACCUUGGUGACCGUCUCUCUCAAGCUACCUACGUUAUGGCCAGCGGAUCCUGAACUAUGGUUCGCGCAGGUCAACGCACAGUUCUCUACCUUUGAUCCCCAGUACGCUGCCGAAGUACGAGACCUCAUUCUCAAGCCUCCAGAUGCCGACCCUUAUGAUAGACUUAAGGUGGAAUUAAAUAAGAGGACUACUUCCUCUGAACAACGCCGUCUUCAGUUACUCUUUAAUGCGGAGGAUUUAGGAGACAGGACACGCUUUCAACUUUUACGACAUAUGCAACAGUUGCUGGGUGGCAAAGUUGCUACUUUUGAUCAGUCUUUACUUCGCCAGUUAUUCCUCCAGCGCUUGCCUCCAAACGUACGCAUGGUUCUCGCCUCUAGUAAGGAUGAUGAGGAUCUCGAGUCUCUGGCUUUUUUGGCUGACAAGGUGGUGGAAGUAGCCUCACCUGCUGUUAAUGCAGUACAAACCACAGAACUCUCUACUGAGGUAGAACAGGUACAUAGUGAUAUUGCUACACUCAAGAAGCUGGUGACGUCCCUCACUGAUACAAGGCACCCUUGUUCUUUUAGACGCCGUACUUCCAGCCCAGCUCCAACUGAUAGACCCACUACCUAA